UGAACGCGGCGCGGCGCUGCCAUGUUGUUGUCUGUUUGGUCGGUCGGAGUUUCCAACUGCGGUCGCUGUCUGCGGUCUCUGAAGGAGGGGGAGAAGCACUGCUUCACAGCCACUAUCUGGAAUUACAACCGGGCGUCAGGUCGCUGAUUAAAGCCAUCGAAGCGAGAGAGGAGCCGUUGGGUGUGUGAGCUGAAGAUGGUGGACCGGCUCGCCAACAGCGAGGCCAACUCCAAGCGCAUCGGGGUGGUGGAGGGCUGCUUCGGCGCCGCCGGCCAGCCGCUCGCCAUCCCCGGCCGCGUGCUGAUCGGCGAGGGCGUCCUCACCAAGCUGUGCCGCAAGAAGCCCAAGGCGCGGCAGUUCUUCCUCUUCAACGACAUCCUGGUUUACGGCAACAUCAUGAUCCAGAAGAAGAAGUACAACAAGCAGCACAUCAUCCCGCUGGAGAGCGUCACCAUCGACAAGGUGCCGGACGAGGGCGACCUGCGCAACGGCUGGCUCAUCAAGACGCCCACCAAGUCCUUCGCCGUGUACGCCGCCACCGCCACCGAGAAGUCCGAGUGGAUGAACCACAUCGGCAAGUGCGUGGAGGACCUGCUGCAGAAGAGCGGCAAGGCGCCCUCGGGCGAGCACGCCGCCGUGUGGGUGCCCGACUCGGAGGCCACGGUGUGCAUGCGCUGCCAGAAGGUCAAGUUCACGCCGGUCAGCCGGCGCCACCACUGCAGGAAGUGCGGCUUUGUGGUGUGCGGGCCGUGCUCGGAGAAGAAGCACCUGCUGCCCAGCCAGUCCUCCAAGCCCGUCCGCGUCUGCGAGUUCUGCUUCGUGCAGCUGGCGGCGGAGGGAGCGGCGGCGGCGUGCUCGGACUCCCUCGGCCGCCUGGGGUCAAAGUUCCACAACAUGUCGGACGAGGACGACGACGAGGACGACAGCAGCGACUGAGGAUCCUCCUUCUCUUCCUCCUCUUCCUCUUCCUCCUCCUCUUCUUCUUCCUCUCUGCCAGAGUUCAAACCAAAUACAUGUGACCUCUUCCUCUCGUCUCGGGACUUCUAUUUGGACGAUGAGUCACUACAGAAGCUAACGGUGCUAACCAUCAAACCAUUGCUUCCUUCCCAGACCCCCUAAAGUGCUCCUUUUGUCGAGGGGGGGGGGGCAGCACACACAUGUUGGGCUUUCCCUCUGGGUCUCUUUCUAUUUCUCUCCUAUUUCGUUAAGAUUUAUUUUUCUAAAUAACAAAGUAGAAGCCUGAAAUCCACCGCUGCCCCCCCCCCCCCACCCACGUAGAGGGCUGUGUGUGCUGUGCAUGACCUUUCAUAUAUAUAUUUUUUUCUUUCACCCCCCCUCCCCCCCAGGUCCGAUAAUUUGCACCAACUUUAAAUCUUUUUUUAUUGCCGAGUUGUUGCUUCAGUUCACGUCCCAGGCAGCCAAUCAGAUUGAGCGGGAGGCGGGCUUUACUUCCUGUUUCAACGCUUAUGGGAGGAUCGUUUAUUACGUUAUUAAAUUAUCGUUUACAGUGAACUACAUCAUGUUUCUUCUCCAUGACAACUAUUAUUUAUAUUUAAUAUUAUAUAUUAUGAAUAAUAUUACCUUUAGUCGUCUCAGACCAGCACAACAGAUUGUUUCCAUGACGACGCUGAUGAAGAUGGUAGUGCCUACUCUUCAUCACUAGAGAGGUGUUUGAUGAUGUUUUGUUGUAGAAGGCCGACGCCUCACUGCGAAGCGUCUGGAGGGACCAAUGGCGCCACAGGGGGGAGGAGCCAGGAGUUUAGGGCGAGCGAGGAGAAAGGGACCCUUUUGUUUCUUUAAAAUCCAACAGAUUAAAUGCUGAUGGAAGCAGAACUAACCAGCUGUCCUGAUGAAGAUGAUGAUGAUGGAGCACUGCUUCUAAGAGUUGUCCUGAUGACUUUGACUUUUUCUCAGUGAUUGGUGGAUAUUUU